UUUUAUUACAUAAUUAACAAAUUUAAUCAACAUCUCAUGGUCGAAAUUGAAUUAUUUUCUUUUCAAAAUGACUAAUUCAACAAAAUAGUGUUGUAACGGAAGUUAAUUUUAUUUAAAUUCGUUAAAAGUUUAAAGUUCAUAGUGAUUACAACGACGAGAAAAAAAUGUCUUUACACUCGAUAAAAUACGAAAACGGAACCCUAUAUAUUUUAGAUCAACUAUUAUUACCUGCUCAAUCAAAGUAUGUACAAAUUAAGGGUGUUGAAGAUGGCUGGAAAGUUAUUAAUAAGAUGCAGGUACGUGGAGCUCCGGCUAUAGCUAUUGUAGGUUGUUUAAGUCUUGCCGUUGAGAUUAAAGAUGAAAAGUAUGAUUGUAAGAAGUCAAUGAGACAAGAUGUUGAAGGAAAAUUAAAUUAUUUGGUUUCUUCAAGACCUACAGCAGUUAAUAUGAAAUUAGCUGCUGAUGAAUUACUUUCUUUGAUAAAUAAAAUGUGUGACGAUGAUGGUUUUAGCAUUGAAAAAAUGAAAGAAAGAUUUGUCAUGGUAGUAGAAGAAAUGCUAAAUAAAGAUAUAUCCGAUAAUAAAUCGAUAGGUGAUUAUGGUGCUAAAGAAAUUUUAUCCCACUUUUCAGGAGAUACAAAUUUACGUAUUUUAACACAUUGUAACACAGGGUCUUUGGCCACGGCUGGUUACGGAACCGCUUUAGGUGUAAUCCGUUCAUUGUUCGCUUUAAAACGUUUAGAACAUGUAUAUUGCACGGAAACCAGGCCGUAUAACCAAGGGGCACGAUUAACCGCUUACGAACUUGUCCAUGAAAAAAUUCCAGCCACACUCAUCGUCGAUAGCAUGGUUGCCGCGUUAAUGCGACUUCGAAACGUUUCUGCUGUUGUUGUUGGGGCAGAUAGAGUGGCUGCAAAUGGAGAUACAGCUAACAAAAUUGGAACUUACCAAAUUGCGGUUUUAGCUAAAUUUCAUAACGUUCCAUUUUACGUUGCCGCCCCAUUUACCUCGAUUGAUGCGAAAAUUCUCAGCGGAGAUCAUAUUGUUAUUGAAGAAAGACCUGAACAAGAAAUGACUCAUGUUGGGGAACACAGAAUAGCUGCUAAAGGUAUAUCUUGUUGGAACCCAGCUUUUGAUGUCACCCCAGCUGGUUUAAUUGCGGGGAUUAUCACUGAAAGAGGUGUUUUUAAACCUAACGAUCUGUUAAAAGCUUUAAAUUGUCAAGUUGAAUAAUUUUGUUUUUAAAAUAAAGGAUUUUCUAAUUUUUUUAAA